CAUCCGUCCUUAAACCACUGUCCUGUCGGUUGCUUCAUUCUUGCAUCCACCCCCGAGCCAUGGAGCAAUUGGCUCUGACCAAACCAACUCAGCCCGCCGCCGUCCCAGCAACUACCAUUUUGGGUAAGUACCAACUGGGCCACCUCUUGGGCCGCGGUAGCUUUGCUAAAGUCUACCAAGCGCGCUCCAUCGCCGACGGUGUUCAUGUCGCCGUCAAGAUCAUCGACAAGAGGAAGACUGUCGAUGCUGCCAUGGAGCCCCGAAUAAUCAGAGAGGUAGCCGCGAUGCGUCGUCUUCACCAUCAUCCCAAUAUCCUCAAAAUCCAUGAAGUUAUGGCCACCAAGUCAAAGAUCUACCUAAUAAUGGAGUUAGCCUCCGGUGGAGAACUCUUUUCCAAGCUCCGUCGACGGGGCCGACUCAACGAGGCCUCAGCUCGUCGCUACUUCCAGCAGCUUGUCUCCGCCAUCAGCUUCUGCCAUAAAAACGGCGUCGCUCACCGCGACGUGAAGCCCCAGAACCUCCUCCUCGACAGAAAUGGAAACCUCAAGGUAUCGGAUUUUGGACUCUCGGCUUUGCCGGAACAGCUCAAAAACGGCUUGCUCGAGACGGCUUGCGGAACCCCGGCUUACGCGGCGCCGGAAGUGUUCCAACGUGGAGGGUACGACGGGGCCAAAGCCGACGCCUGGUCCUGCGGGGUCAUCCUCUUCGUACUACUCGCGGGAUACUUACCGUUCGACGAUACCAAUCUCAUAACCCUGUACAAGAAGAUCCAAGGCAGGGAAUACAAAUUCCCAGGAUGGAUCUCGAAGCCGGCGCGAGCUAUUAUCUACCAGCUUCUGGAACCGAAUCCCAGUAAAAGAAUGAGCAUAGAAUCAGUAAUGAAAACUUCAUGGUUCAAUAAAUCGUUAGAUACAGAAACAAAAGAUAGCUACAGCAUGUUCGAGAAUUCAUUAAAAGAAAAUACUGAAUUGGGGUUGACUGCAUUUGACAUAAUCUCACUGUCAUCGGGGUUGGAUCUGUCAGGGCUGUUCGAGGCGAGGAAGAGGAACGAUAGGCGAUUUACUUCUCGGGUUUCGGUGGAGGGAGUGGUGGAGAAGAUGAGGGAUGUGGGACAGAGGUUGGGUUACAGAGUGGAGACGAGGAAAGGAGGUGGAGCGGUGGUGGGUCUGGAGAAAGGGAGAGUUGUAUUAGUUGUUGAGGCGGUGGAGAUGGCGGAGGUGGCGGUGGUGGUGGAGGUCAAAGUGAAGGAAGGAGAAGGAGAGGAAGUUGACUGGGAUGAGUUAAAGAAUGGGAUUGAGGAGAUUGUUCUGUCAUGGCACCAUGAUGUUCUGUGAAUUCUACUAGUACAAAGCUUAGGUUGAGGCAAGAGGAGAAAUUAUAAUGGAUCCUGUAUAUUACACCCCUUGUUUCUUAUUUGUUCUGUUAGUGUUGAUCUACUUUCAGUUUUCAGUGGUAUAAAUUUGCAUAUCAAAAAUUUUGAAUUUA